UUGUCUGCGGGUGAAGCAGAAAAAACACCUUUGCCUGUCAGUUUUUAUUCCUCCACGCUGCCCCGUCGUCCUCCUCCAUCCACUCAGAGCAGCGAGCAGGGCGGACCGCGGGCUGCCGAGCGUCGCCCCGUCAUUUGUUGAGUCCUUGUGCAUCCUCCUGUGCGUGCGCGCUCUUUUCUUAAUUAACCGGGGGGAGCCGCGAAGGAAUUACUGGCAGCUGCAUCCAUAGCUUCAAAUGCAACACGAUGGAUCGAUGGAGCCCAGUGAGAGAGACAUGUCUGCUGCUGCUGCUGCUGCUGCUUGUCACGUCCUUUUACACCUCGAGAGCAGCCGGUCCCAUUGACGUCUUGAAGGUCCUGGAGCUGUCAGAGGACAUGGAGGGGGUGUCCCUGGAAGCAGGGCUGUGCACCAGCAGGACGGGACGAGAGGAGACGGACCUCUCCUUCAAAAUUGACAAGAAGAUUCAGCUGAGCGCGCCCACGAAGCAACUCUUCCCCGAUUCAACGUUCCCUGCGAAUUUCUCCGUGAUGACAACAGUCAGAGCUGUGAAGAGCUCGCAGGUCUUUCUCCUCUCCCUGUAUGACUCGCAGGGCACGCAGCAGCUGGGUGUCGAGGUCGGCCGUUCUCCCGUGUUCCUGUACGAGGACCAGCACGGUCAGCCGCCUCCAGAACUUUACCCCACCUUUAGAAAAAUCAACCUGGCUGAUGGCAAGUGGCACAGAGUGGCCUACAGCGUGGAGGGCCAGUCUGUGACUCUGUACCUGGACUGUCAGAAGGUGGACACCCUGGACCUGCUCAGAGAUCAAGACCCCCACGUCAGCACCGACGGUGUAACUGUCUUCGGGACCCGCCUCCUGGACGAGGCCGUGUUUGAGGGGGACAUCCAGCAGCUGCUGAUCAUCGACGACCCCCGAGCGGCCGAGACGUACUGUCAGGACUACAUCCCGGACUGCGGCGCGGCGUUACCCUACGACAGCAUAUUAACAGAGGACGAGGAGGUGGAGAGAACGCCUAAGAAACACGUGGCGGAGGAGUUUGAGGAGUUCGACUACAGUGACCUCUACGAAGACGUCUCCACCGUGGCCGCGGGCUCCAAUGUCACCGAGUACGAGAUUGUGGAGUACGAGGACUACGACAACGGCACGGGCUACGACCACGGGAACGAGUACGAGUACGAGGAGGAAUACGACGAGCGCUACGGGCCGGCCGAGAGGGAGCGCGAGUUCUCCCUCAACACGCAGGAUCUGCCAGAGAAAGGACAGAAAGGAGAGCCGGGCCUUUUGGGAGCGGGAACACAGAUUACUGGACCGUACGGACCUCCAGGACCUGAGGGAGAGCAAGGGCCUCCUGGUAUCACAGGACCAGUGGGACCUCGAGGAGACCCCGGGGAGCUGGGUCCUCCAGGACGGCCGGGCCUCAGCGGUGCUGACGGCAUACCAGGUCCCCCGGGAAACAUCAUGCUCAUACCGUUCCAGUCAGGCGGCCACCCAAAGACAGGUGCAGUGGUUUCGGCGCAGGAGGCUCAGGCUCAGGCCAUCCUGCAGCAGACCAAGCUGGCUAUGAAGGGACCUCCGGGGCCGCUCGGCCUCAGGGGAAGACCUGGACCCCUGGGUGCUCCGGGUCCCUCGGGUCUGAAGGGGACCAGCGGCGAGUCGGGCCCGUCGGGCCCCCCAGGACUUCCAGGUAUUCCAGGUCAGAACGGACGAAUUGGGAAACGGGGUCGAGCCGGUGCAGAUGGAGGCCGCGGCGCGAUAGGAGAGACUGGAGCAAAGGGGGAUAGGGGCUUCGACGGCCUGCCCGGUCUCCCUGGAAACAAAGGACAUAAAGGCGACAGAGGCAAGCCGGGCCCUGCAGGUCACACCGGAGAGCCGGGAGAAAAGGGGUCUGAGGGGCCGCCUGGGCCCAGGGGACAACCAGGUGAUGCUGGGUCCAGAGGUCUCAAUGGUCCCAGGGGUCGUGCUGGUCCUCCAGGCCAGCCAGGCAUUCGAGGAAUUGACGGCGUCCAAGGUUCAAAGGGAAACAUCGGACCACCAGGAGACACUGGAGCACCCGGGCAACAAGGCAACCCUGGCAUCCUGGGUGCAGAUGGAAUCAGGGGAUUAAAGGGAAGCAAAGGAGAGAAGGAGAGAUGUUCCAGGGCAAGAGAGAAGGAGCAAAGGGGGAUUUGGGAGACAAUGGAGUCAGGGGCCGAGGUAGAGCGACGAGGGCCCAAAGUAGUGGGUUCGGAACCGGGCUGCUGGUACUUCGGGAAGGGGAAUGGAGUUCGGGUUACGGAAUCAGGUCGGCAAGGCAAGGGGUCUGACGGUUUUCCUGGUGCGGUGGGAACUGCGGGAGAGAAAGGGAAGAAAGGUGCAUCUGGACAUGAUGGUCCCCCAGGAUCACCUGGAGAGAGGGGACCUCAAGGGCCACAAGGGAGGAACGGAGAGCCAGGACCUAAAGGAUCAAGUGGUCCAGGUGGAAAGGACGGACUUCCAGGUCACCCAGGUCAAAGAGGAGAGCCGGGAUUCCAAGGGAAGACGGGACCUCCAGGACCCUCAGGUGUUGUGGGGCCUCAGGGCAAAUCGGGAGAACCAGGCCCAACGGGAGACAGAGGUCACCCAGGAGCCCCAGGUGUGCCUGGAGAGCACGGUUUACCCGGAUCUGCUGGGAAGGAAGGUGGAAAGGGGGAUCCGGGUCUACCAGGGACGUCUGGGAAGAAUGGGCCUACAGGACUGAAAGGAUUCAGAGGGAGCAGGGGAGCUCCUGGGAUUAUGGGACCACCUGGUUUGAAAGGAGGAUCAGGACCCAGUGGGACUCCGGGAGCCAUAGGGUCGACGGGUGAGAGGGGGCCUCCAGGAUCCGCCGGUGCUAUUGGACAGCCGGGUCGGGCCGGACCGAUCGGAGGACCUGGACCAAUGGGAGAGAAGGGGGAACCUGGAGACAAGGGACCGAUUGGACCAGCGGGUAAAGACGGGGAUCAGGGACCUGUAGGGAUGGUCGGAGCUGUUGGCCCGGCAGGACAUCCAGGAGAUGAUGGGGAUAAGGGAGAGCAGGGAGGACCGGGGCAGAAAGGCAGCAAAGGAGACAAAGGGGAAUCAGGGCCUCCAGGACCCACAGGAAUUCAGGGGCCCGUUGGUCAGCCAGGACUUCCGGGUUUAGAUGGACUGCUGGGACCCCGGGGCCAGCAGGGCAUGUACGGCCCAAAAGGAGACGAGGGACUCCGCGGCUUCAAGGGCUCAAAAGGACCAAUAGGAUUACAGGGCAUGCCCGGCCUGCCAGGAGAGAAGGGCGAGAGUGGACACGUGGGCCUUAUGGGUCCCCCCGGGCAACAGGGCCCGACUGGUUCUCAAGGACCUGUUGGGGGACAGGGGCCCAACGGUCGGCCGGGAAUGGUAGGACAGCCAGGUGUUGUUGGCGAGAAGGGGGAGGAUGGCGAGGCGGGUGACCCCGGAGCAGUCGGUAUUCCAGGAAGGAUAGGAGACAAAGGAGACCAGGGGGAGAAGGGAGACACCGGCCCUUCAGGAGCCGCUGGUCCUCCAGGAGCCAGGGGCACCACAGGAGAGGACGGAGCCAAGGGCAACGCUGGUCCUAUAGGAGUGACUGGUGACCUCGGACAGCAGGGGGAGGCUGGACCCAAUGGUGUGGAUGGCCUCCCGGGAACUAAAGGAGACAUCGGAGACCCUGGAACACCGGGGCCACCAGGAGCACCAGGGGAGCCCGGACCACCUGGAGCUCCUGGACGAAGGGGCCACUUGGGGAAACCUGGGAAGGAAGGAAAAGCAGGCCUUAAAGGAGUGAAGGGUGCUCCCGGAUUAGAAGGUCCCAUUGGGAAGACGGGCCCCGUCGGAGCCCAGGGGCAUCCUGGGAAGCCUGGUCCCCAGGGUCUGAGAGGGAUUCCUGGCCCUGCAGGUGAGCAGGGUUUAAAUGGACCACCAGGCCAGUCAGGACCCCCGGGUCCCAUGGGUCCGCCGGGUUUGCCGGGACUGAAGGGAGACCCCGGAAGGAAGGGAGACAAGGGUCACGGCGGCUUAAUCGGUCUUAUCGGGCCUCCAGGAGAUCUGGGGGAGAAGGGCGACAGAGGACUGCCAGGAAACCAGGGAGUGCUGGGUCCAAAAGGAGAUGAGGGUCCCGUCGGCCCACCAGGUCCCCCCGGUCCCCCAGGCCCCACGGGCCUCUCAGGUGCUGUUGGUCUAAAGGGCUCGAAAGGAAACCAGGGUCCGAUCGGUCCCAGAGGAGACCUGGGUCCUGCGGGACCUCCAGGACCCCCGGGCCUGCCAGCAGCUGGGAUGGUCCCUCUGUCGGAGCGGUUAAGGAGGAGGAGAACCAACAAUUUAGUGGACGGUGCCACACUCGAAAACGAUGAGGAGGAGGAGGAGGCGGAGGAGGCGACAGAUGGACGAGAGGAGGAGUGGAUGCAGCGGGACCAGGCGGCGCAAGGCGGUUCGAUGAAGGAGAAGGAGGGCCAGGGCAUGGAGGAAGUGUUUGCGUCUUUGUCCUCUAUGAAAGUGGAGGUGGAGGGUCUGCGCAACCCACAAGGGACCUAUCACAGCCCCGCCCGCACCUGCAAAGAGCUCUGGCUCCUCCACCCGGAGCUCCCUAAUGGUGAGUACUGGAUAGAUCCCAACCAGGGUUGCCAUAGAGACUCCUUCAAGGUGUUCUGCAACUUCACUGCGCAAGGAGAGACGUGUCUGUAUCCUGACAAGAAGUUCCAGUCGGUAAAACUAGCAGCCUGGAAAGGGGAAAAGUCCGGCACCUGGUACAGUCAAUUCAGGAAAGGAAAGCAGUUUUCCUACUCGGGGUCGGACGGGGUUCCGGUGCACAUCGUCCAGCUGACCUUCCUGAAGCUGCUCAGUGCCACGGCGAAGCAGACCUUCACCUACCACUGCCUCAACUCCGCUGCCUGGCUACACACCGCCACCUACAAACACGAACACGCACUGCGCUUCAGAGGCAGCACCGGGGAGGAGCUGACGCACGAGAACGCGCAUUACAUCAGUGCACUGUACGACGGUUGUCAGACGCGCUCAGGGCAGGAGAGGACGGUGUUGGAGUUUGACUCUCCGCUCUCCACCACGCUCCCAAUCAUCGACGUGGCCGUGUCCGAUUUCGGAAAAGGGAACCAGAAGUUUGGCUUCCAAGUCGGCCCGGUCUGCUACGACGGUUAGCCGAGUCAAACGGGAGCUAAUGCCGGGAGUAAUUUAACAGGAAAAAAAAAGCCAUGGACUCUUUUUACAUGCAGGGAGAACACUACAUUCAGUUCCACAUAUUUAUAAGUCAGUAUACCUACAACAGUGUUCCUUCAUCUAAACAUCACAUCAUCCAUAAAAAUACUUAUUCAUUCUUGCAGCCGUUCUCACAGUGGACACAUGCAGAAGUGCAUACAUGUAUCGACUGUGGCACACUUUUUUUUCUAUCCUCUCUGGAUGACGCACACUUCCUCUGUUCCCAACUAUCCUCACACUGACAGAUUAUGACCAGUGAAUUUUGAAAACACUAAAACCACUUUUUAGCAAUGUUUGUCCACCAUGUAGUUCUGUAUUGUCAUCAAACCUCAAUUUGUGUUGUUAUUUUAAUUGUAUUUUUUUUGUUUGUUGUUGUAAUUUAGUUCUAAUUAUCCGUUAUGUGAUGUAUAUUGGAGUGUAAUUCAUCACGGUGCUAUUAUGUCGCUCCUUGCGGAGUACAUUUCUUUGUAAAAGGGAACUGGGGCAGUGCAUUUUUUUUUUUAUAUAUUGUGAAGCCAGGUUUUAUAUUUUUUAAACAUAACAAACCAAACUGUGGUACGUGAUUGCCUCAAGGUCUUUCUAUGCAUAUUUCUGUGGGGAAGUGACUGAUUAACCUAUUUUAAUAAACGUACAUAAUGUACAUUUAAGUUAA